AUGAAUAAUAUAUCAAUACCAUAACUUCCUUAAGCAUCAAUUUAUGAGCCAACGAUUUCAGUUUAGAAAAUAUAACCACAUUAUAGAUUUGAUUGUAAUAAUAUGCCUAAGAUUUAAUGUUAUUAUCAUUAAGAUAGUCCAAAUAAUUAUAUAAAAUACUUUUGUAGAUAACCAGAAUGUUUAAUGCCAUUAUGUGAUAAAUGUAUUUAGUAUCAUUUGAAUCAAUAUCAUACUUAAACUCAAAGUAAAAUUGAAUAAUAAUAUUUGUUUAGGUAAUAUUGUACCUUUUGAAACAGUUCUUUCAGAAAUCUACUAAAAUUUAGCUGCAGAUUGUAAUGAAAUGUGUGAUCAAAUAAAUAAAAUUUAAUAAUUAUCAGAAAGAACAACAACUGAUAAGUUAAUAGGAAAAUAAUCAUUAUAAACAAAUCCAAAUAAAUUAAUAGAUUCUGCUCGAGAUUAGGUUAUAGCAAUAGUGAAUAAUUAUUUUGAUACUUUAAAGACUUACCUAUUAACAUAGAUUGAAGAGCCUUAAUCUGAUCUAAAUGUUAAACCUGCUAUAAAAGAUUUAAAAAUAAGAUGGGAAUAAAAUAUAAAGGAUUUAGAAUCAAUAAAUAAUCCAUAAGCAUCGAUUGAAAAAGUUAUUGAAUAUUGUGAAGAAGAAUUAAGAUAGAAGAAUGAUACAAUUUUGAAUGAAGCAGACAAAUUGAUUAAAUUACUAGAAACAGCAACACCAUAAUAUAGAUAAUAUGGAGUAGAUAUACCUUAAUUAUAUAUUGAUCCAUCAUUUUUACCAAGAUUUUUAUGGGUUUUAGAGAGAUAUGCAUUUUUUAAUCGUCCUCCUAUUGAAUCAGAAGUUCUUCAUCUUACUCCUAGAAUAGUUGAAUAAAUUCCUGUUUAUGAUAUACCUCCACCUGUAUAUUAUGAAACAUAUCUAUCACCUGUGGAAUAAGUAGUUUAUAGAGAUCCUAUUGUAAUUAGAGAACCUGUAUUUAGAGAUAGCUUAAUAAGAGAAAAUGAAUAAUAAGAUUUUGAUGCUUAUUUGUAGAGAAGAAAUAGAGGAAGACAAUAAUAAUAGUAUGAUUUCUAUAAUGAUAAUGAUAAAAAUACUUCUCCAAAAAUUUAAAGUGUUUCAAAAGAAAAAAAAAAAAAAUCACAAGCUUAAGUGUCUCCUCAGUAGAGAUAUAAAAUAAUUGAAUCAUAUGAAUCUUCCAAAAAGAAAAAAACUAGCAAAUCUAAAGAACCUAAAGAAAUUUUCAUUAAUCCAGGAAGACAAUCAAUUAUGAAUGUUUAAACCAACUAAAUGCCAUAAACAACUAAUUUAUUACCAUAAACUACAACUAAUUUUUAAAUCCAAUCUCCUUAUUAAGCUUUAUAAACUACUAAUAAAUUAUUAACCACAACUACUUAAAUAGAAUAAACUUAAAAUGCACCUUCAGGUAUGACUAAAUCAAAAAUUACAAAUUAAGCUUAUAAAAAUUGA